UAGAAGCUAGGGGUAUUCAUCCAGAGCGCGCAACCGUCCACGCGUUUGCUUCCUUGCUCGCGAAGAAGCUCUCGCGAAAAGAGAGGCUCCGUCGUCUCCGGCCGACCCCUCGCGUCACGCACGAGCAGCGCGCGGCCCGAUUACGCUUAUCGACGUUCGUUGCCACCUCCGACUUGGGAUAUCGUCUCCUCUCGGCGGUGUCUCAGCGCUGUUUUACCUCGCCUGCUGUACUGCGAAUGUGGACAUUUAACGGUGCGUCGUCGUGUUGCUGCUGUCGAUACCGCCACUGUGCGUUUCGUGUAUACUUAUCUGUGAGGAGUCCCCCGUCGUUGUUCACCAUCGGAUUCCGACGGCGAGCAUUAUUCACGCGCGUUUUGUGAAACAUUUCUCGGCUCUGUGAGAGGAUCUGAUUGUGUCAACCCGAUUACGCGGGUGCGAGCCGAGAGAGCAGAAGAGGGAGAGAAAAGGAUAGUGCGAGAAGAGGAGCGAUAGAGGGAGAGAAAACGAGUGAAAGAGAAAGAGAGAGAGAGAGAGAGAAAGAAAGAAAGAGAUAGAGUGGCACCCGUUGGUUGUCCGUCGUCGCUCCGGUCGCUUUGCACUUUACUCCUACCUCUAAGUUGUAUCAAUGUUGUCUGGCAAUGGUGUGUAAGGAGAACGUGGUAUCAUGGUUUGGGAAUUUGUCCAGUUACAAACGUAUUGAUGUAAUGUGCACAUUGCUCAAUAUGUGCUUACCGUUUGAAGUACGAUACCUUGGCACUUGUGUCGAGGAUAUCGGUAAACGGGACUAUAAUGAUCUUCGUGACACGGAGCACCAUGCAAAUAGCGUCUCUGAGGUAGCCGAACUGACAACUUCUAAUGUGACAGACAAACGCACGCGAAGAAAAUUGGCCCUUUACAUGGCAUUGUUGCAUUCGUGCAAUUAUGCAUGUGCGGCGAUCUUGCAUAAAAAUCUCUCAAACCUUGAUCAGCAAGAUAUCACUAAUUCAGUAAAUGGGACCACCUUUAAUGUGGAUGAUCAACCACUAGAAGAGUUGCUGCUGCUGUAUACGAUGGCACUGAACCAUCCUGCCUUUACUUAUGAACAGAAGAGUGUCUUUGGCAAUAUACUUAUCAAGCUCCAAGAGGAAGAGGCUCGUCUGAAUCUCUCAAAGAUAAACUCUUCUUUUAAACCAACACAAGGUUGCGCACCAUGCAUUAGCUCAAACGACAGGUUAGUGGAACCUGAGAUGUCUAGUGGUUGUGUAAUGCCGCCACCUCCAAUGCAAUCUUAUCAUGGAGAAAUGGCGAUGAGAAACAACACUAUGGUCACAGGAAUGCCACCUGGUAUUACGAUACCUCCACCAGGUCUGUGCUUACCUGGCCCAGAACAAAUACCUAUGGGAUCUGGCGGUACUACGCAAUAUGUUCAUCUCGGUUUCCCAUCUAUGAACCAGAUGCCCCCAUGGACAGGUCAGGUUAUGAUGGGAAACCAGCUGAUGUAUCACUCUGGCGACAUGUUGCCUUAUCCACCUUCUCCCUUAGUCAGCCGCCAGUCUUCACCGUCACAGUCUCGAUCUCCUAGUCGCAGUAAUUCCCCAAUGGGCCGUGGCAGGACUAACGUUAAUCCACGCACCUCGUCCUCGCAAGUUACUCAAUCCAGUUCAAAUACUCUCACAACAUCCGCGAGCGGCUCAAACAGUCAACCGAGCAUUUCUAGCUCAAACGUCAGCAACAACAGCAAUAACGGAAACAAUAAUAAUUCUUUACCGCCCUUGCCAGCGCUUGGCACAAACAGAAGUCUUCCUAGUCAACCACCGUUACUCCCAUCGCGAUCCAUUCCUCUACCCAUCACAAGUUCCUCGACCUUUUCUCGACACAACAACAAUGUCGACAACACUUCGUCGUCUACUCUACUUCCCGCAGCCCAAUCAAAACAACUCCCGCCACCUCCACGACUUAGGUCGUCCGUGUCUGGCGAUUCUCUUCGGGAAACUCUGGGCAAGGAGAUGCCAAAUUUUAAGAGCAAUUUGCAAAAUUUUUCCCUCGAUGAGAUCAGAAGAAUGAGCGAUGAGGACUUAAGAGACAUUGGCUUAACACAAAAUGCAGUGGGACAAUUGAGAAGUAUAGUCAAAAGCCAAACUACUAACGGCUUGAAUCAGGUUUCGGCUGAUAAGAAGCUGGAUGGUGCGAGUAAUACUGCGCAUUCAGUUGCCGAACCGAUCGAAAACGAGGGCGUGCCAGGUAUGGAGAGUUUGAAUGAAAGCAGUAAUAAUUCAAGCGGGAAACCGUUACAGGAUCAGCAUGUGACGAUGCAUCAUUAUCACAAUCACAUGACUCCCAAUGUACGGCGUUAUCCCACCAUGCCGUCGAUAGAACCCGCGCAAAUACCAAUGUAUCCUACACCACCACCGAUGUAUACAACUCAGAACUCACCUUGUUAUGCUUGCCUCACAGUACCCGUAGGGAUGCAAAAUCGAUACACAAGAUGCAACGCUCAGCAUGUGUACUGCAUUGCACAAUUGCAAGCGUUGCGGCUUGACUCCGAGAACAAUCGUCACUGUUCUCAGAGUAGUAGUUCUGACAGCACAGGCAGUAGAUCACCUCCUGAAACACCACCGGCCGCACCAUGGGUCAGUGGCGGCGGCGGCGGGGACAAUAAUAACGUCGCAUCGCCCGUUACCGAUCACAUGACGUCCGCGCCGGUGCAUUCAACAACAUCAGCACCUCCGCAUGUUGCGUCGGCACCUCAACAGUCAAUGCAGUCUUCAGUGCCACCGGAGAGCAGGCAGCUUACUAGAAAAAAUCCACAGACGCGUGCAAUGAGACAGAAGAAUCAAGGAAUAUUGAAUGGAGCAGGAGGUAACGGGAACAACGGACCGCCGAGUUUAUCGCAUUGUGUCUCCUUCCCUGCUCCACCGUCACAGCUCACGUAUCUACCACAAGGCCACUUCCCGGCAGCGCUACGGCCUAGCAGUGGCAUCUACUCCAACUUCCUACACGGACCGUCGACGCGACCAGCCUAUCCGGCGCCGUACCAGCCGAACGGCGAAAUUAUGUAUCCGUAUACGGGGCAUCCUGCGUCUGGAAGCACCCCGCCUCCACCGCCGCCGAACGCGGCCGCUGCGACGCCGGUACAAGCGUCAUACAUGCCGCCCACGCCUGUAGUCACGUACGCGGCAGCUGUAAUUCCGUCGACUAAAAUCUCCUGCUACAAUUGCGGCAGCAGUAGUCAUCUUGCAAUAGACUGCAAGGAUCAAACCAUGGAAGAUCUCACGAAGAAAGCUCAGUACCGAUUGGAUUACACGAUAAUGAAGCAGCCUGGGGAGUGUCCGAGUUCCGACAAGUGAUCCCCUGCCAUGGACCACUGUGCUACUACCCGUCACAAUUUUCACCGUCACUAUAGCCGCAACUAUUGCCAUUAUUGUCAUCACCAUCACUUUCACUAUAACCACCAUUAUCACCAUCUCAUCACUACCAAUUUCACCGGCAUUCCUACUGUAAUCACCAAUAUGUUCGUACGAACCGAUCUAAAGAUAAGACGUCACAAGAUGACAAUUGCUGCCGUUUCUCUCCUCUAUCGCAGUUUUCAAUUUGGUUUCUUAAUUUUCUAUCCUGCAGUCGACACGAUGACAACGACAAUGACGAUAACGAUGACGAUGACAAUUAUUCUGACGUUGACAAAAAUAAUAAUAAUUAAGACAAUGAUGACGACGAUGACAAUGACUAUAAUAACGAUAAUGAUGAUGGUGAUGAUGAUGAUGAUAAUGAUGAUGAUGAUGAUGAUGAUGAUGAUGAUGACUAUGACGCCAAUGCUAAGCACGACAACGACAGCAACAAAGUUUUUCUAAUCAAGGACAUUUUGUGGUUUAUAAUACCGGUCUUUUGCAGGUUCUCUUAUGUAUAAUAGCAACCGUAUAGUGAUUUUAUCACAAAACUAUGUAAAAACAAAAAACAAAAAAUAUGGUGUAGUAGUAUUGUACAAAAGAAAGAGUAGAGGCGAACUGAGAGAUAAUUGAGAAAAGAACGAGAAGCCGCGCCAUAUAUGGAACAUAACUUGUCUGUAUUUCUUUUACCGUAGGACACAUUUUCGAGAGGUUUUAAGUUUAAAAUAGUGACUCGCGUUUUUCUCAGUGAUAUCUGUCGGUCGUUCAUCGUCCGUGACGCGGCCGGCGCCUCCUCCUGUCUGUGAAGAGCUCUUAUUAUUUUUUUUCCCCCGGUGUCCUAAAUUCUUCUCUUAUCGAGUAGCUAUAAGUAGAGAUGCGAAGAAACAAUACAAAAAAAAAAAAAAAAAAAAAAAAAGAAAAAAAGAAAAAAAAAGAUUAUAUCAUUGCUCCGAAAUAGAAAGGGAAAGUCAAAGCGAAAAUCACACAUACACAAAAAAAAUGGUUCGACUAUAUUGAGCAAAUCGAUAGUUUUACUUCUAAUCUACUGUGUCUACACUAUUAUUGCUAUUACUACUUCUACUAUUACUAUUAAACUAGUACUGUUACUUCUACUAUAUCGCCGCUACGCCACGAUGUUUUUAUGUACAUAUAUUUUUUCUCAAUUCUUACGUGCGCGAUGGAACACGUUAAAGAAACAUGUUAAAAGAAUUAACAGCGUGUAAUAUACAUGUGAGAUAGAGAUUGUGUGUGUAUGUGUAUGUAUAUGUGCGACCGUACGUGUGUAUGUAUUUUAUGUAUGUAUACGUGAGAAUAAUAGCAUGCAAGUGGUGGAAAGAGAGACAGUGAAAAAACAAAAACAAAAAAAAAA